AUUUUGUUUUUAUUGUUUGGCGCGAAAAGUCGUUUUUAUUGUAACGUCUUUCUUGUUAACGUAAACAUGUGAAUGCCUCUCAGCAAAAAAAAAAUAAGACCAGCUGUUGUUUACAUCGGUGGCUGCCGCUCUUUCUGGUUAAAAUAUUUUAAAUUUCGUCCUGGUCGAGAUAUAUUUUUAAAAUUAUUAAUUAUGACUAGCAUGUCAUCAGUGGAAACCUAUGUCACGCGCAUUAAGCCAGCCAUAGAGAAUUUUCUAAAGCAGCCAAAUAAAGCAAACUUGUCGGAAGUUGAAAAAGAAGUAAAAGGAUUUGACUUUGGGCAAAUACGCAUAUUUCAAAUACAAAUUGUAGUGCCACUUGUGGUUAAACUCGGUGAACUAACAGGUGAAAGUCAGGAACUACGCGUGGGUUUGCUGGAUUGCUUGCGACACAUUGUGUCUAAGAUAUAUUUGACGGACAACAAAGCCGUGCGCUCAAUACUGGCGGUGGUACUGCAACAGAUACGAGAUCGUAAUGGAGCUGUAAUGCUACCCAAUCUCACAGAGGAAAUCAAAUUGGCGGCCGUACGUUUUAUUACGGUUACCUUACAGCGGUCCACAAGCGAUGUGCUCGAAGCUUUUUACGAAAAAAAUGCAGUCGUGAUUAUUGGCCAAAUACUGCUCACAUUAAUGGAGUUCAUCUCAAAGGAGAAGUAUCGCAAAUUGGUUAAUUCAUCGCUUGAGUGCCUAUUGGUACUAUUCUAUGUGCACGAUGAUGCUGAUGCUGGAGACGUGGUUUUGCGCAAUCAAAUAGCCGAUACCAUAUUCAUAUUUCUACCCAAAAUAGUUACAGUGCUGUUCGAAACAGCAAUGGCGGACGAUAAAAUUGGCGAAUCAACUAAAUCUUUGGGCAUUAAAGCACUGGGCCGUAUUACCUGCAUUAUGUUUGAGGAAACCUCCGAUGAGUUUCUUAAGGCACGUUACGACAUGAAUGCAUUCCAGGCACUUUUUAGCACUGCUGCUAUAGACGAAAACAUUGAGCUACUAAAUGAUAUUAACAUAUUCGGAAGCAAGCGCCUUACUCUCGAACAAAAUGAGGAACGCUUAAAAAAUUUACAAAGUAAUUUACGAUCUGCACAGUGGAUAGAAGCCACUUCAAAACAUAUGCGCAUCAUUUUUGUGGAAACAUGCAUUUUGCGCGCCCACAGCUCAGUUAGGGUGCGAAAAAUGUAUGCAGAAAUGUGUUGUUUAUUGCUAAAGAAUUGCGCGCACAAUUUGAAAUACAAUUUUAUACAUCUGCUGGAGAGCGUGCUGGCUUUAUCAGAGGAUGAGGAGAAGGAUAUAGCAAACAUGUGCCGGGCGAAUAUUGCUGAGCUGCAACAGCUCCCAACCUGUGCUGGUAUCUUCGAUGAGAAUGCUGAACUGCUACUAGACACUCAUCUUAACAAAUGGCCCCGUAUUUUACAGCGUUGCGAUGACAGCGAACAGUUUGCCGAGUUACUUUUCUUCAAGGGUUUCUUGCGUAAUAUCAGCACUGAUAAGUUACAAUUGCUGUUAUUGUUGCCCAAGAACCUGGAUAUGUUUGUUAUGUGUCUGCUGACGGGUCUUGAUCAGUGCACAUCGUCGAACCUGCUCAAUGAAGAGUACGCGCUACGGCGCCUUCAAGAGGGAAGUACAUCGGAAUUGCAGGCACUGUCCGCCAACCUGCAUUGGCGCCAAUUUAAAUAUCUUAAUUCAAAACGCUGUGUAGAUGCACUUUAUGAUAUUGCCGCACUAUUAGGCGCUGAGCCGUCUAUAAAUCGUCUGCUAUUUGAUGUUUGCCAGGAACUGAUCGAGCGACGUAGUUCUGUCAUUAAUGAAUCGAUUUUACUAAUGACGCUGAUGAUUACACCACAACAACGGAUUGCUCGAGAGAGUCGUCUAUUGCUGGCGGAACUUUUUGUAGAUCAGCUUCUCGCAGAUGAACACUGGCACUUGGUACUGCAGCCGGAUGCUGCCUGGCGACUUAAGAUCGAGAAGCCUACCGCCUGGUUUUCAGAUUGCACACCUGGUCUUUACUCAUCUGCGGUGGAAGUACGCACUCAGGAUUGUGAUUCAGAUGAUGAGAGUGACUCAGUCAAUAGUCGUGUCAGCAUUCUGGAUGCACAGUUUAACGUGCAACAUAUUUGCUUAGUAUUGGACGCCCUGGGACAUUGUGCCAAGUUUAUUGGUGAUACUUUUGACCGUUACAUAUUUCGCAGUUUACACAAGGUGUUGCUAAAAUUGGCCAGUAGCAACACGAUGGUACAUCAUGCAGCAACCUUUGCAUUUGUCUCUAUGCAGUUGGCUUUAAAAUAUGCAGCCCCUUCACAUUUCAUAGAAUGCUCCACUGACUAUCUAACCUUCCAUCUAAAUGCACUGUUAAAGAAGUCACCCGAGAGCAGUGCAGCCGUAGAUAUACUUACUGUUGUAUUGCAGUACAGCACGCGUGGAAGUGUGCCACAUCUGGAUUCUAUUUUUCAAACAAUAUGUGAAGAGUGCUGCAAGUCGCAUCAAACAGGCAAUGUGCACUCCUACUUGCGCGUCUUCAAUGCAUUCCUGAAACAUGUGAUCAACUGGCAAGGGACUAUUGCCACAGAGAUCACUGACUCUCAGAUGAGUGUAGAUGAGGAGCAUAAUAUCUUAGAUACUUGGCUGAAUGUGCUAAAUAAACAGCCAACUGACACUUAUGUAUAUUUAAAUAGUGUGCCAAAUGAAGAAGCAGAUAUAACUAUGCCAGAAGCAGAAAUUGAUGAGUCUGUAACAGAUCAGCCUUCGAAAUCCAGUUUGCCGCGUCACAUUGAAAUUAUUAAAGAGAUUAUUAGUCAGUCCAUCAAGUUUCUUACAAACUCUGAGCAAAUACAUCAAAUUCAUGCAUUGGAAUGCUUAAUAAGUGGUGUACCACUACUCAGAGACUAUGAGGACGAGCUUCUUCCUCUGGUGCAUCUGUUAUGGCAUCCGUUAGUCGAAAAGUUUCGGCAAAAGGACUCAGUGGUGCUAAACCGAUGCUUCAGCUUACUGCACAUUCUCGCCCUGCAUGCUAAGGAAUUUAUUUUAAAGAGAAGUCUCAAUGAUGUGAUACCCCAGCUUAAGCAGUUCUUGAAGGCAGCCAGUAACCACAGCAGCAUGGAAACAUUACGAGCGUCCACCCAGGAAUACAAACUGCAGCUUAAGCUACUGCAUGACCUAGCUCCAGUCAUACGCAGCCUGCAGAUUGAGGGCAAACAUCUCCAUGACCUGCUUAACAUUGUAGUCUUGUACUUGUCCCAAGCACAGCCCAAAGAAUUGCAGGAACUGGCCGUGCAGUUCUAUGAAAAUUUAGUAACGUACAAUGGACCAUUUGUGUAUGUAACGCUCCUACAACGAGCCCAUCUCAAGGACUAUAAACUGAAUGUGGAUAAAAUAUUUAGCAACUUAGGAUUUAGCUUGGCAGUGCCAAUCGAACCCGAUGUGUACAAAUAAAGUUAAAAAAUUUCAUUAUAGCUGAAUUGUUAUAAUCUAUAUGCUGCUGAACCGUUUUCAUUUCACACAACUCCUUGAAU